UUCGACAAAUAGGAUUAGGUUCUUUCGAAUUUAUUCCCCAAAUAAAAAAAAAGAAAAAGAAAAGAAAAGCAAAGAUAAAAUGGGAACCCCCGAGAGAAAAACACACACGGCAGAAUUCAUCUUGGUUCUCCUGCUCCUUUCUUUGAAACCACACCGCCUCACUUUUUCUUCAUCCACCACCACCACCAUCAUCAUCAUCAAACUCAAGCCCACAGACUCCACUCUCGUUCAAUUCAUUUCUUGCAUGCACAUCGAUUGUCGCCAAUCACCACCAUCUCUCGUCGUCGCUCAGUCAAUACCAUCGUUCGUCGUUGCAAGCGGCGACCACGCAUUGCCGUAGCUGAAUACGCACGCGUACAGUGAACUGCCAAACCUAGCGCUCGUGCUUGCUGGAUUGCUGUUGUGGAUCUUAUCCCAUUCGCCUGGUCAGCUCCAGGAAGUCUACUUGGAAUAGUGACUGAUUCACCUAUGGACAUUGGAGGGAUUGUGUUGGGUUCCUUUUUGGCUUCAUCCUUUCAGGUCAUGUUCGACAAGUUCGCUUCUCCCGCAUUAGGUUAUGCACAACGUAAAGGAAUCAGCACUGCCUUGCCUAAGGAGUGGAAGGAGAAACUAGUCAUAAUCAAUGCAGUGUUGGCUGAUGCAGAGGACAAGGAACUUAGUGGUAACCAUCAAGUGAAGCUAUGGCUGGACAAGGUUAAGGACUUGGCCUAUGACAUGGAAGACUUGCUCGAUGAGUUUGAGAUCAAAGCUGCUCAAGUUGAGUUAGAGGCAGAAUCCAGCACAAGCAAAGGUUUGGGGAAAUGGAAGUUUCUCGUAUUUGGCCGACCACCCUCGCUCAUGUCUGAAACCAAGGUACAAGAGAUCAAUGACCGGUUGGAAGAGAUUGUCACUGGAAAGGUUCAUCUAAACUUGAGAGAGAAUGUUGUGGACAAAUCCAACUACACCAGCAAAAGGAUAACCACUUCUCUAUCGAGCCUCAAUUUUUGGUAG